CUGUCUGAAGAACUGAAGAAGGUUGCAGGGAAGAUGUUGGACUUGAGCUUCCUGACUGAGGAGGAGUAUGAAAAGCUGAUGAAGGUUCUGCAGAGAGAUGCAGAGCUGAAGAAGAAAGAUGGGGAUCGCAUCAGGCGGAUACAAGGCUCCAUCAAGGAUGAAAAGAAGAAGAAGUUUGUGACAGGUGAAUGGUUUUCUGAAGUGAAGGCAAAGCGAUUUCAGGAAGACUUAGAGGGGCCGGAUCUACUUCGGGCAUCGAUUAGAAGGAAAAAAGGCAAACUAGAAAAUGAGGCCAACGAGCACAUCCGAACGGGUCUGGGAAGCAGAGCUGCCCCGAGUCCUCCCUUCCCUGAGCACGCUGCUGGCGCGGGAGAGGAGAGAUCCAGCACAUCUGCUCUUGAUACCACAGAGGAGCGUAAAAUCUUGCCAAAACUGAAGCCAAGACUUCCUGCCCCGCUGUCUGCGUCACACAAGAGAUCCAGUAUACAUGAUGUCUCUUCUUCAGAGAGUGACACUGGAACAAGUCCAUUUGUGGCUGCAACAAACAGCUUGCAUUUGUCUAGAAAAGGUCACGGAGCAUCUCCACUGCCCCCCAAGCUUUCAGAGGAUGCUGUGCCUCAGCCCAGCAGUACAGCUGGAGGAGAAGCUGUUCAUGGAGCCACUGGCACCACAGUGGGGCCAAAAACUCCACCCGAAGAUAAUUAUGCACCCAGCAAGUUACCAGUUAAGAGGAAACCAAGCAGAACUUUCCCCAGAUCCGAGCAGUUUGUGAAUCACAUGGGGCUGGCAGAGAACAGCCUUGCAAAGAGGGAGCUGCUGGUGAGCCCCAAGCCUCUGACCGCAGAGGGAGAAAGCAGUCAGGCUGUGAAGCAAGGUGUGAACUAUACCAUCUCAUCGAUGAGCCACAAAGAGGAGGAUAUCGGCCUCAAUCGUGAACACUUCAAAAACUUGAAGAACUUCUGGGAGAAGGGCGCAGACUCUGCGACAGUGAGAAAUGUGCUGGAGGACCCAAGCUGGGCGGAGGCAGAGGGUCGGCAGUUCAAGCUGUGCCGCUCGCUCUCUGUGCAGUCUGGACAAGGCCAGAACAGUGAAGAAAAACCUGGUGUCCUCACCAAAACAAGAACCCCUUACAAAAGGACAAUAACCUUGUCUUCCAGCGAGGAAGAACCAAGCUACGUAGCCCCUGUGAGGAAGGGCUCACUUUCUGUCGUUCCUCGAUCCACAUAUGCUAAGAGCAAAGGCAGCCUGGCUACAAGAAAUAACUCACUGAGUGAAAGCAACGGGAAGCUGCCGGUGCCUGAGGAAGAGAAGGCAGCACAGCGCUGCUCCAAGAAAUCCAGAUUGCCUGUGCGAGCGCCUUCCGUCAAAAUCGAGUCGCCUACCGAAGAAGUGUCUGGCAGCACGUUUGAGCCAGAGACGCCUACAGACAGGUUUAUCGUGGCAGGAGAGCGCAAGUACACAGCGACUUCCCUGGCAAGCAGGGUGCAGAUACUGAUCGAGCCUGUGCUUACAGAUGGUGAAAACGAUGAUGAGAAAGAGGAAAGAUCUGAUUUGGGCACUCAUGACAACAUGGAAAUAAACGGAGAGCUACCUGCGGAAAAAACGUGUGAGUCUUCAGACAAGCCAACACCCGGUGAACCAGCCAGAGAGAGAGAAGUCGUUCAGGGAAUGGACUCAGCUGUUUACUCAGAGGAAGAUGGGGAUCAUUCUCCCGCCGCUCAGGCAUUGGCCCGAGCAAAUAGCAUUAAUCUUGCAAAGAGCAUGGUGAACAUUUACACAACCACAGAGACGUACAAUAAACCUCAUUUGAUACCCCAUCAGUUUCUUGAACCUGAAAGAGUCAAAGAGCUGAGCAGAUCGUCUCCUCUCCUGUUGUCUGAGACUGAAUCAGACACAGCUUCAGAAAUCAGCUUCCAGUUUAACAAGCACAAAAAGACGCCUAGCAUUGGCAGCCACUCGUCCGACAUGGCAUCUGUCUCCUCGGUGAGUGGUAGUGUGCUCAGUGUCUACAGUGGCGAUUUUGGGAGUGUGGAUGCCCAAGGUACCGUGGAGUUUGCUCUAGACUAUGAUGAGAAGAACCGGGAGUUCCAGGUUCAUGUGUCCCAGUGCAAGGACUUGGCUAUUGUGGAUGAGAAGAAAGGCAGAUCUGACCCGUAUGUUAAAACUUACCUGCUUCCCGACAAAGCUAGAAUGGGUAAGAGGAAAACUUCAGUGAAGAAGAGGACAGUGAAUCCCAUUUACAAUGAGGUGUUACGGUAUAAAAUAGAGAAAAUGGUAUUGCUGAUCCAAAAAUUAAAUCUCUCUGUUUGGCACAAUGAUCCGCUGGGACGUAACAGUUUCUUAGGAGAGAUCGAAAUAGACUUGGCCAGCUGGGACUGGAGCAACAGGAAACUCAACUGGUACCCACUGAAGCCCCGAAGCCUUUCUGCUGUUAACGGUGUGGAUCAUCGAGGAGUGAUGAGUUUGUCUAUUAAGUAUGUCCCUCCGGGAAGCCUAGGUCCCAAGAAUCCUCCCUCUGGCGAAGUUCACAUUUGGGUCAAAGACGUCAAGGACCUGCUGCAGUUGCGUCCUUCUGGAGUUGACUCAUUUGUGAAAUGCUAUGUGCUUCCAGACACCAGUAAGAAGAGUUACCAGAAGACCAGAGUCAUAAAACGAGACACAAACCCUGUUUUCAAUCACACCAUUGUGUACGAUGGCUUUCAUACCGAGGAUCUAAAGGAUGCUUGUGUUGAACUGACUGUGUGGGAUCAUGAAAAGCUUACCAACCAUUUCCUUGGAGGAAUCAGGCUAGGCCUUGGGACAGGUUUGAGUUAUGGGAUCUCUGUGGACUGGAUGGAUUCCACACAAGAGGAGGUGGCUUUUUGGCAGGAGAUGAUGUCGGCUGCCAAUGAAUGGAUUGAAGGAUUGCUGCCGCUGCGCUCACUGGCAGGGAGGAAAAAACUGAAAUAACCUACUGUUUGUGCCAUUGAAAGGCUGAAUGUGUCCAUUAGAAUUAGGAAACUUCCUGCACCAAGGUGAUGGAGACCAUCCACAGGGCUGGCAAGUGUCAGGGUAAUAAGGCAACUGACGGACAGCACUUUGGAGGUGGUAAAUGUUAAGUACUAAUUCCCUAACAGAGGACAUGGAAGAUCCCAAACUGAUGCUAUAUUUGAUUUUGACUAAGAAGAAACUUCAUUUGCCUUUUUAUUUAAUCAUUUAUAUUCAGUAUCCUUGAAUUCCAUUAAGUUCUGGGAACGCUGACAGAAGGAAAAGGAGAUAUUUUUAUUUUUUUUACUGUUUCUUGUGCCAUUUUUUUUUUCUGUGCAGAGAUGUAGUUGUACUAAAGCAGCAGCAUGGUAUUAUUCAUAUUCCCCUGCAAGUGGUACACUUUGUACUUGAUGUAGAAUUGCUCCAAGUCACCGGCAGCACAGUCCCAGAAUGAGAGCUUUACAUUUGUCACUGGUGAUAACACAUCUCUAACAUAAGGAAAAUGGAGAUCCAAGGCAAGUCUAAAGAAAGACAGGAGUAUUUGAAGCAGAAAAUGAAGCAACCUGAGGAGGAUAACAAUGAGGAAUUCAAUGUAUUAAUUUCUUUCUGCUUUAAGGUGAAAGAGAGAAGUGAUGGUCCUACAGCUAGUGAGAUUUUGCAACCAGGGGCUGUUUUCCUAGCUUUCCCACAGGCUUCCUCAGUGACCUCAGGCAAGUUUCUCUGUGAAAGGGCAGUUUCAGUGCAAUAUAAACUAAAGUGCUUGCCCAAAUGUAAGAUAUGGUUACCUUGCUAACGAGCCGAAUCGCACCUUUGAAAUGCCUUGCGUGCAAAACACUUCAAUAUGAAAUAAUGACAUAGGAAACAGUCUCACGUUAGCCUGGCACCGCGGGUCAGGAAAGAAAGGUCAAAAUCAGACUGGAGCACAGGAGAUGUUGGGAGCCGGUGGGAGAGUAAGUAGGGAGUGAAGGAAUGUGAAGGGUAGCUGCAGAGCUCCAGCUGCCUGGGGUGGUCUCCUGCCUCUGCAUAUCCUGCUGCCCUUCUAGUCUUCCUCUCACCAGAGGCCUCUCAGCAAGUUGUCCGUGGCCGGCAUUUCCUUUUUGCCAGUAGCUUGCAACAACUUUGCAUCUGGCACAUUCACCGUGGCAGAGUGGCAUUGUGAAUGUAUUUUGAAAUGCAGCUUUGUAGUUUCUAUUUUGGAUGUAUAUAUUGUGAUUAAAUAGAAUGUUUUUCUUUCCUCAUCAA